AACGAGGUGUCCGACCAACUGGCUUGACAGAAGGCAAAAAAUUUGUUUUUGUUCCUGAAAUGGUCCCUGAAAUUAUAGUGCCUGACCUCGAUGGCUUCCAGCUCAAACCUUAUGUAUCCUACCGGGUCCCAGAGGUUGUGCAAAGUGAAUUCACGCCACAAGACCUGUUUUAUGCUGUUUAUAGUAAAAAAAUUGCUGAAGAUUUCAAAAAUGGAAAACUUGAUGAAGAUGGCAAUUCCACUGAACCAUCAUAUGAAGAACUAUUAAGUGCAGAGGAGGCCAAAAUUAGGGCUAAUUCUGUUGGUGCAGAUAAGUUCUCUGAAAUCACUUGGUUGGAAAAAUAGGAAGAAAGUUGUGUAGCAGAUUUUUCUUGUAUAGUAGUGUAUCAAAUAUAUUCUAUUUAUA